AUGGAGGGUGUACGCCAGAAAUGCAGACCGAAACAUCAGGUUCUGGUCCUGAAAUGCUAUCCACAAUACCAGAAAGGAGUGCAGGUGGUCAAGCCAAACUCAAGUGAACUGUCUUAUCUGCUCUACUAUGUGAGCACCCGCCGCAGCAAGCUGACAAAGGUCGGCGCCUUUUUGGAGAAGAGAGCCGCUCGGGAUGUGUGGCGCCGCAAGAUAGGAAAUGUGCAGGUUACGCUUCAGAUCUUGAGCGCGCUCAUCGAGAAAGUUCCCCGCGACUUGCCGAUCUACGCACGGUCGGUCAUGACAGUCCUCGAAACGGUCGUACGCUCGCAGGAUAUCUCCAUGGUCGAGGACUCUAUUGAGACCUUCGAGACCUUCUGCCGACAUCAAGAUAUGGCGGCACUAUCUGCCGAACAGGAGUUUGCUACGCAAUACCGGGAAGUGGUGAGGUCGUAUGCGGGGUUUGCAGAGGGCGACCCUUCGAUGCAAUCGAAGCUCGCCGCUGGUCCUCCGCUUACGGUUCGAUGGAAGACGGCGGGAUUGAGAGCGAUCAAAGGUGUGGUUAGUUCUGAAGCGGGUUUGGCUGCGGAUGGCGGAGAUUCGAUACGGGUCAUUCUUCCGGUCAUCCUGGAGAACCUCUACAACCCGGAUGACAAUGUGGUUGGUUCUCUCGAAUUGAAGCUCCUCGAAGCGGACAAGAACGAACCAGAGACUGCACACCGACGCAGGGUUAGCACGGCCACUGUGGACACGGUCGACGCGGUGGACGGGGAUGCGUCAUUGGCGGCUCAAAAUACCGCUGAUGUGGACCGAAAAGCGGAGAUGGAUAUGAGGUUGCUGGCUUUGCGGUGUCUGGAGCAGAUUGUCGUCAACGGGAGCAGCCGCGGCCAGAUUCGUGUCACGACUCAGGUUGUGCUGGACUUUAUCUUGCGCAAAAGUCGGGCAACUGGUAAUGGCCUAGGUCAGGAUUACAAGGAUAGCUGGGCUACGUCGUUGGUUGAACUGAUCGCCAAAUGGUGCCCUGUUCAGGUUCGCUUUAUUAUUCUGGUGGCCGCUAUGGAUAUUCUGUACGACAUUCCUCCCACAGAAGAGUCUCUGGACGAAUCAUACGCCAUCAUCUAUCUGAUUGAUCGGCUGUUAAAAUCCCCCGUGAAUAUGAUCGGACUUAGCGUUAUUGAUGUCUUACUGGGUCUCUUGCGUCAUAUGUCGUUCUUGACAUCACCCUCGAGAGCUGGAAAAUCGACACCAGAUGAGAAGCAAAACGGACAUUCAACCCCUCUAGAGCUUUCGGCGAAAAGGGCAGAGGUGGUCUCACUCCUGCAGGAUUGUAUUGGCAACCUCACAACGCACAUUUACUAUGGUGAGCAGGUUGUUGACAUGGUCAGGACGAUUUUGACUCGGUUCAAACCUUCAAGAGGCAACGAGCAGGCAAUAACCUCGUCACCAACGCAGUCCGAUGCCCUGGGAGGCGGUAGUGCUAUGUUUUCGUCUGGGGAGGGUGGCCCAAUAGCAUUCUCCUUGCCCAGCGCAAAAACGGCAGCUCUCAAAGCGAUCAAGAAUAUCCUCCUUGUUGCAAACACGAAGCGGCCAGGGGUCACACUAACCGCAGAAUCCAGGCAUCAGGUGGGCCUCUAUGUAUGGGAAGGUACGCAGUGGCUUUUGAGUGAACCCGACAGGGAUGUUCGUUAUGCAUACGUCGAUGCCUUUUUGACCUGGCUGAACCUGGAAACAUCUACCGAUGAUCUUAAGGUUAAGGAGAGACCUGGCAGGCAGGCCAGUCAACCGGUCAGGAAUGACUUAUUAGACACCGCGGAAAGGUCUGGAAAGCGCACUGCCAGCAUGAGCGGAAACCAGAGAGAAAAGGUGAUUCUCAUUGCGCAGUCUAACUUCCUUCGCUUACUCCAUCUCACUAUCUUUGACCUUGCGACUGAUCACCCGGCGUCUGUUUCCGAGAUUAUGCUGCUUCAUCUACUCUUAGUAAGCCUGGUGAAGCAUCUUGGAGUGAACGCUGUUAGAUUUGGACUCCCCAUGGUGCUGAAACUUCAGGACAAUAUGGCCACCGCCGAUGGCCAGCCCUUCCCUACCCUGGUGAAUAUUGGAAGCUUGGUCUAUGGCUACCUGUGGGCAUUAUCCGAGAAGUUCGAUUUGGACACCUCCAAGAUUGGUAACGGAAUCCAGAGUGAAGUUCAGAAAAGACAACAGCUUGGUGUUUGGCUUGAGACAAUCCGCUUGCCGCCCGUCAGCCUUAACAAGAUUGUCCACAGCAGCAGUGUCCAGGCUAGUGGCCGUGGUGCUCAGGACGUGAGCCUCCUGAUUCCGUUUGAUGGCGGCGAAGAACUCAUCCAGCGAAUCGAAGCAUCUUAUGGUUCCUUCAUUACUUUACUUACUCACAGCCCACCAAGCUCUCCGGGGUCUGUCGGGUCCCCACCGCGAAGCAUCACAGCUCCUGUACUGCCGCACAUGUCGGCGCCCGCAGCUACACCGAAGGCUAGCGUCCUUCCUCCUGCGGUCAGGGAGCAGAUGCUAUCUCCAUGGUCAAGAGAAGCCUGCCUGGCAGCUGCUGAAAAUGAAAGAGCAGAGGCCAAAUCCCUGAGCGGAUCGCGGACCGGAACCUUAGUUAUACGCAACCAUGUUCAUCAGAACGGGACUAGUUCUCCGUCAGCAAGUUCUAACGCAUCUGUGCCUCCAGGUGCUUACGCAUCUGUAGCUGGUCUGCAGAAUGGCCGAAGAACGAGUGUGCCGAACUCGUCCCGCUCACAGCUCAUCAGCACCAGUAGAGAAUCUCCGGUCCACGUGAAUGAACUGAGACGGGUCCUCUCUGUCAAUGAAGAAGGCAAGGCCCGGCGAAUGAGCCCGCUCAGGGGUCGACUCGACGGCUCGAAUCGAAGUGUUAUCUCUUCCAGUAGCGACAGUAUGGUCAGUGGCUAUUCGCUGUCCGAGUUUGACGAUGGUGCCUCGGUCAAGCCCCAGUCUACCAGAGGCGGGCGGAUCUCUCUUGAUGGAGAGGAAACCCCCAGGGCCUCGGCUCUGUCUUUCAUGGUAGAUGCUGAUGAUAUUCCGCCUGUACCGCCAAUCCCUCCAUCUAUAUCUAUUCAAGGUGGUCUUUCAGAUGGUCAGCAGCGGUCGGUUUCGGUUGGUCGCCCUUCAACUGCUCCCGGACCUCGCCGACCAUCUGUCACGAACGGAAAGGCAGGGACACCUGGUACGUCGCCUGGUCGGUCUCUUAGCAGAGAUAAAAGUCGAUCGAGCACAGGUCUGGCAGCGGCUGCCACUGACGGUAUUGAACCGUAUGCAGAGAAUAUUGAUAGCGCUCGCCUUGACGUGCAAAAGCUACUGGAAGGGUUCUUGUCGCCAGCGGACGCAGAGACGAGGGGCAGCAGACGGAAGGCCCGAAGUAAUACAGGGCGACGAGGCGUGAGUGGAGGACUUGGGCGCCCUCCCUACUGA